AUGGCAUAUAAUUUUGUGAAUUAUCUGCGAAACAUAACGUCAUAUUCAGUGAUUGACACUGACCUGAGGGACUCAAAGGAGAUUGUAAACACACUCUCAGUGCCUGAGAGCACAAAGACCUUUGUGUUUGCAAUCAAAGUCCCUGAGCAUGACUCCACUAUUCACAUACUCUCUGCUCAGAGUCUAUCUCUAAGAUCUGUUAUCGACGCCGAGUGUCUUAUACGUGAACUCCGUCCUGAUGCCUUAGUAGUUCAAGUGGACGGUCCAGAUUUUGGAGAAGAAUCUCAAGAGAUUGAUGAUGGCUCUAAUGACUCCAUCCCCACGUCAGCUUUUAAAGUUCUUACACGUUGUAUUGUGGACAAAACUUUUGACAAAGACAAGUACGAAAGUGUUGCCGGGAACUUGGUUUUGAAGGAGAUCUUUGGGACAAGUUUCAAGGGACAUGCAUUGGCUGCCAAGAAGGUGGCUGAGGAGGUUGGUUCAUCGUUUAUGGUUCUUAAAUCUCCAUUCAUUACGGAAGGUCUAUCUAAAUCUCUCACAAGACAAUAUUAUUAUGGCUCUGCUAUAAGCUCCUACACAAGGUUUCAGAUAACCAAUGAUGCACGUGCACUGAUGCUGAAACUGUUAUCUUCUCAUAUCACUCAGCUCCGUAAAGAGCUAAGCCCAUCAAGCUGUCUUGCCAAUGAGAAGGGGUCUGAUGAUAGUGUUAAGCUUCCGGAAUUUGCUUACUCCAUUUAUAACUUACUUGUUGAUCUUCACAACAUAUUCAAUGGUCUCCCAGCUAUUAGGAAAGCUUUAGACAGUGCCAGAAAGAUGUUGUCUGAUGUAAACAGAGGGGAAUCCAUUGAUAAGGCUCUUCUUUCUGAAGUGUACCUCUUCCGGAUUGCAGUUGAAGGUAUAAGAAUUGCUUUGAACAAUUCUGGUCGGCUACCUAUUAGGAACCUAGGUCAUGUAUCAAACCAAACACAAGUUCAGUUCUCAAAGCUCUCUUCUAUGGAGAAAUCUUAUGCACUUAUGGCAGAUAGUCUUCGUGAUCAGGCUAAAAAGUUUAAGAACAUAGUAGCAGUAGUAGACGCAGGCAACCUUAAAGGUCUUAGGAGGCACUGGAGAACUUGUGUUCCUCAAGAAGUCAAAGAUAUGUCCACUAAGCAUAGUGCACUGGACUGUAAUGCUAAUGCUUCUAAAUUAAAACCAAUUGUUGCGGUUGGUGCAGGUGCUUUAAGACUAACCAAGGCCAUUGCAUCUUUUAAAGCCCUAGCUCCGUUGAGACUUUUCUUGUCAAACACGCAAGAGGCAAUGUCUUUGUCAAAAGCAACUUUACCCGUCGAGACAAUCAGCUUAACACAGUAUAUAUUAGAUUCUGCUCAAGUUACAAGCUUCUGUUCAGUGCAAGCUACACUCUAUGGGAUAAUAAUGAGGAGAAGACGAGCAAAACCUAUCGGCACCUUACCAAUGGCUAUGUUUGGAGCCAGUCUUGCAACGUGUGCGGGGUUGCUCUUCUAUGAAAAGGGGAUCAUGUGUGCAGCUGCGACUCUUCCUUCAGCUCAUUCGAUAGCAAAAUUGGGACAUGGGAUUAAGAACUUACGUGAGGUGUCUGAAGAAGUGAAAAGGAGAGAAAACAAAAGGAUACAGAACACAUUGGAGGGGCUUAGUGAGAGGCUAAGGAACUUCAGGCUUCAUUAUUCAUUAUCCUUCAGUUUCACAACCAAAUUUGGUUCAUAA